AUGAGCGUGCUACCAAGACGCUUCCAUCUCCACAAACCUACCUCUGCCUAUCCAAGUUCCACCAAGACCCUUUCAUCUCCACAAACCUACGUCUGCCUGUCCCAGUGCUACCAAGACGCUUCCAUCUCCACAAACCUACGUCUGCCUGUCCUAGUGCUACCAAGACCCUUUCAACUCCACAAACCCAAGUCUUCCUGUCCCAGUGCUACCAAGACUCUUUCAUCUCCACAAACCCAAGUCUGCCUAUCCCAGUGCUACCAAGACGCUUCCAUCUCCACAAACCUACGUCUGCCUGUCCCAGUGCUACCAAGACCCUUUCAUCUCCACAAACCCAAGUCUGCCUGUCCCAGUGCUACCAAGACCCUUUCAUCUCCACAAACCCAAGUCUGCCUGUCCCAGUGCUACCAAGACCCUUUCAUCUCCACAAACCUACAUCUGCCUGUCGCAGUGCUACCAAGGCCCUUUCAUCUCCACAAACCCAAGUCUGCCUGUCCCAGUGCUACCAAGACCCUUUCAUCUCCACAAACCUACGUCUGCCUGUCACAGUGCUACCAAGACCCUUUCAUCUCCACAAACCCAAGUCUGCCUGUCCCAGUGCUACCAAGAUGCUUUCAUCUCCACAAACCUACGUCUGCCUGUCCCAGUGCUACCAAGACCCUUUCAUCUCCACAAACCCAAGUCUGCCUGUCCCAGUGCUACCAAGACCCUUUCAUCUCCACAAACCCAAGUCUGCCUGUCCCAGUGCUACCAAGACCCUUUCAUCUCCACAAACCCAAGUCUUCCUGUCCCAUUGCCACCAAGACCCUUUCAUCUCCACAAACCUACGUCUGCCUGUCCCAGUGCCACCAAGACCCUUUCCUUCCCAUAAACCAGCUGUUUACAUUUAGUGCUACCAAGACCCUUUCAUCUCCACAAACCCAAGUCUGCCUGUCCCAGUGCUACCAAGACCCUUUCAUCUCCACAAACCUACGUCUGCCUGUCACAGUGCUACCAAGACCCUUUCAUCUCCACAAACCCAAGUCUGCCUGUCCCAGUGCUACCAAGAUGCUUUCAUCUCCACAAACCUACGUCUGCCUGUCCCAGUGCUACCAAGACCCUUUCAUCUCCACAAACCCAAGUCUGCCUGUCCCAGUGCUACCAAGACCCUUUCAUCUCCACAAACCCAAGUCUGCCUGUCCCAGUGCUACCAAGACCCUUUCAUCUCCACAAACCUACGUCUGCCUGUCACAGUGCUACCAAGACCCUUUCAUCUCCACAAACCCAAGGGAAGCCUCUCAGCACAACUUCUCCUGGACCCAGAAGAUUGCUGUAAACGGCUGCGGCUACUACAAUGUCUUACAGGACCCCGAUGGCUUCCAUAGGGAAGCAAAGUUCGAUCUUAAAAGAAGAAAGAAGAAGGUGCUGAGCCUGAAGCAGAGGAUUCGGAGGGGAGGAUGGGAACCUCCAGUGGCUCCCGCACAUCACUCAGAAGCAGCUCCGGCUUCUCUUCUUAGACCCCCAUCGGAGGUGGAGACCCCUGAUCUGCUCCCAGAGGUGCUCUACAUGCUGCAGAGUGUCCGUGUGCUCGGUCACUUUGAGAGGCCCCUGUUCCUGGCAUUGUGUCAGUAUGUGGUAUAUGAACACUAUGACCCCGGAGGUGUGGUAUUCUGCCCCGGGCAGCCCGAUUCCAGUAUUUACAUCGUCCUUGAGGGGAAGCUGGAACUCUCCCUGACUGAUCCCGACGGCACCCGGCACUAUAUGAAGUCGGUGUCUCCUGGUGAUAACGUGCACAGCCUUCUCAGCAUCCUGGAUGUUCUUACAGGUCAUCAGAGGCCAUACCGUACAGUAACAGCGAAGGCUGUAGAGAAGAGCACAGUGCUACGGCUUCCUGUUGAGGCAUUUUCUGCUGUCUUUCAGUCCUACCCCCAAAGUUUAAUCCGGACUGUCCAGAUCAUUGCUCUUCGUCUUCAGAGAGUCACCUUUCUCGCUCUGCACCAUUACAUGGGCCUGACUAUUGAACUCUUCCAGCAUGACCUCCAUUUUGAAACAAGUCCUUCUCGUCCUGUCCGGCCUCGUCUUUCUAGAAGUAAAACACAUACUGAAGAAGACCAAUCAGAUGUUCCUCAGCCCUCUCCAACACGAAGGAGACCCCCACGUCUAGGAGACUGUAAAUCCAAAUUUGCUGGAAAAACAGGGUUCUGGAGGUCUCUGGAUUGUGAAUUAGAACAGAACCAUGUGGGAAAGUCUCCAUUAUCGGACAAGGAGCGGCUUUUCUGGGAGACUGAGGAGGACAUGCGGAGGCUUCUGGAGAACGGCAAGAAACAGUUGGCCAAGCAGAUGGACCUGGAAGAUCUGUCAUUGCUUGAAAACAAACUCACUCUUCAUCAUGUAAAGGCUGAGACAGUAAUUGCCCGUAAGGGUGACCACGAUUUUGGGCUGCACUUUGUGCUCUCAGGUCGUCUUCAUGUCUUUCAAGGGGUGAUGGGGAGAGAGGACUCCUGCAUCUUUGUGACUGGUCCUGGAGAAAUGAUUGGACAACUCACAGUUCUCACUGGGGAGCCUCUGAUCUUCACUAUCAGAGCCGUGCAAGACAGCUCCUUCCUGUGCCUGAGCCGCACUCACUUCUACCAGAUCCUGCGCAACCAACCCCAGGUGCUGCUUGCUGUGGCUCACUCUGUUGCUGAGCGUGUGUCUCCCUUUGUGAGACAAGUGGAUUUUGCCAUUGAUUGGAUUGGAGUGGAGGCUGGUAAAGAGCUGUACAGAAAAGGGGACCCCUCUGACUGUACUUACAUUGCCUUGAAUGGACGUCUCCGUUCAGUGAUUCAGCAUCCUGACGGGAAGAAGUGUGUUGUGGGAGAGCAUGGCCGAGGGGAGCUGAUCGGAAUGGUGGAGGCGUUAACACACAAGCCAAGAGUCACAUCUGUCAACGCAGUGCGAGAUUCUGAGCUGGCGAAGGUCCCUGACGGAGCAUUGUCCUACAUUAAAAGGAGAUACCCUCAGGUUGUGACCAGACUAAUUCACAUUCUAAGCCACAAAAUCCUUGGGAACCUUCAAGAGACGCAGGGGGAUGUGUCAGAUCCCGGAAAUGUGGCCAGUAACCUGAGUACGAUUUGUGUGUUACCUUGCAGCAAUAAUGUUCCUCUCUCCGCCUUUACUAUGGAGCUUAAACAUGCUCUGGACACUAUAGGCCCAACUCUGGUUCUCACAAGUGACAUCAUCAGGGCGCGGCUUGGAGCCUAUGCCUUGGAAAGUACUCACGAGUGUCAACUGUCCACUUGGCUGGCCCAGCAGGAAGAUCUUCACCGUAUUGUCCUCUACCAGACCGACUCCUCACUCACACCAUGGACCGUACGAUGCAUCCGCCAAGCAGACUGCGUCUUAGUGGUCGGGUUGGGAGAAGAGGCACCAGCAAUGGGAGAGCUUGAAAAGUUUCUUGAGAAUUCUACUAAUAGGGCCCUUAAACAACUUGUACUCCUUCAUCGGAUGGAUGGUCCUCCACCAUCAGACACGGCAGAAUGGCUUAAACUCAGGACUUGGGUAUCGGCGCAUUUCCAUAUCCGAGUCCCGAAGCGGGUAUUUGUGAAGAGGCCGCCACAUAAAAUGCUUGAGUUCUACUUUAGAAUCCAUCAGAAAGUGGUUGACCGGCACAGUGAUUUUUCCAGGCUUGCUCGGGCUCUAACAGGAAAUACUAUUGCUUUGGUAUUAGGAGGUGGUGGAGCAAGAGGGUUUGCACAUGUAGGAGUGAUUAAGGCCUUGGAAGAGGCAGGAAUUCCUGUGGACAUGGUGGGAGGUACCUCCAUGGGAGCUCUAGUUGGGGGAGUGUAUGCAGAAGAACGCAACAGUAACCAAACUAAAGAACGAACAUGUACAUGGUCAAAGAUGAUGUCCUCCUUGGUACAUACAAUCAUGGACCUCACUUACCCCACCACCUCACUGUUAUCAGGUUCUGCCUUCAACGCCACUUUAACUGACCUCUUUGGAGAGCAACAGAUCCAGGAUUUGUGGCUACCAUUUUUCUGUAUCACAACAGAUAUCAGCUCCUCUUCCAUGAGGGUCCAUAGAGAAGGUUCCCUCUGGCGUUAUGUUCGAGCCAGCGCUUCAUACACUCCUUAUCUGCCCCCACUCUGUGACCCUCAGGACUCUCACCUCCUGUUGGACGGAUGCUAUGUUAAUAACCUCCCAGCGGAUGUGGCUCAAUCUCUGGGGGCCCGCACUGUUCUCGCAGUAGAUGUUGGGCUGCAGGAAGAAUGGGAUACUCAUAAUUAUGGGGACAGCUUGUCUGGCUGGUGGUUGUUGUGGAAUCGCCUAAAUCCCUGGGGAGCUAAAAUUAAGGUCCCUGACAUGGCAGAGUUGCAGUCCCGAUUGUCAUACGUAUCCUGCGUCCAUCAGUUGCAGAGAGUGAAGCACAGUGGAUACUGCGAGUAUCUCUGCCCUCCAGUGCAAAGGUUCAGCACCACCGAAUUCCGACGCUUUCAGGAAGUAUUCGAUGUGGGUUAUGAGUAUGGGAAGCUCAUAUUUACAGAAUGGCAUCGCGGUGACGUCAUUGAGAAGAUGCUGCAGGAUAAAAGUAACCCUGAAAUUGACCAGCCGCACCAGGGAGGAACUGGAGGGUCUCCUGGCUUCAUGGACCUGGCAGAGAUUGUAUCCCGCAUUGAGCCUGCCUGCAGCCAACAUACGUUUCCAAGUCACAAGACUGGUCCGCAAAGAAAGUAUGGAAGCCAUAGAAUGAGCAUAACAGCCAGUGAACUAACAUUUAUGCAGCAAGCUGUAAGAGCAUCAGAAACCCAGGAGCUGAUCGUUUAA